AUGGCAGUCGGUUCCGCCACCAACGCCGAAGUCGGCAAGUCCGACCCCAUCAUCACCCGGCUAGCCAACGAGGACAAGAAGCCGUUUUACAAGAAGCCGAAUUUGCUCUACCUCUAUUUGAUGCUGUUCCCGACUUGUAUGGGUAUCGAGUUGACAUCUGGUUUUGACUCGCAAAUGAUCAAUGCCCUGCAGAUUGUUGACCCAUGGCAAAACUACUUUGGUCACCCCGCGGGUGCGCUGAAGGGCAUUAUUGCUGCCGCAUACUCCUUGGGUGCUAUUCUUUCUCUGCCGUUGAUUCCCUGGAUCAAUGACCGUUUCGGUCGCCGGUGGUCCAUCUUUGGUGGCUCCGUCAUCAUGGUCAUUGGAGCUCUUAUUCAGGGCUUUUCGGUUCACGUUGGCAUGUAUAUCGUGGCUCGCAUGAUCCUCGGCUUCGGAAUCCCAACCUGCAUCGUUUCCGGAUCUUCCCUCAUCGGCGAGCUUGCUUACCCCAAAGAGCGCCCCGUCCUAACGUCUCUCUUCAACGUGUCGUACUUUGUGGGGCAAAUUGUUGCGGCCGCGAUCUGCUUCGGAACCAACAGCAUCAAGAGUGACUGGGCCUGGAGAAUCCCCUCGCUCCUCCAGAUCUGCCCCUCGCUUAUCCAGUUGUCCUUUGUCUUCUUUCUCCCUGAAAGCCCCCGUUGGCUCAUUACAAAGGACCGGUCCCAGGAAGCGCAGGCUAUUCUUGCCAAAUACCACGGAGAGACCGAUCGUGGCGCUGAGUUCGUCGCCGCCGAAUUCGCGCAGAUGCAAACCACCAUCCGUAUCGAACUCGAGAACUCGAAGAAGUCUUGGGUGGAUCUCUUCAAGACCUCGGGUAUGCGCCGUCGUCUGCUAAUCACCACUAUGCUCGGCCUUUUCACUCAGUGGUCCGGAAACACCUUGAUCUCCUAUUACCUUGGGGACCUCCUCAAGCUCAUUGGUUUUCAAGACUCGACCUACAUCCAGAAGAUCAACGUUUCAAUUGCCUGCUGGAGUCUGUUCUGCGGCGUUGUCGUCUCGCUUCUUGUAGUAAAGAUCCGCCGCCGUGUGAUGUACCUUGUCUGCACGAUCAGUCUGCUACUCUGCUAUAUUGCUUGGACGAUCUCCAUGGAGCGUGCCCAAACCGCUGUCGCCGCCGGGGUCCCGAACCAAGCUGCCAACAUUGCGGUCUUGUUCUUCAUCUACGCCUACUCGCCUUGCUAUAACAUGGGUUACAAUGCGCUCACUUACACCUACAUGGUGGAAAUCUGGCCGUACGCCGAGCGUUCCAGCGGUAUCGCCGUGUUCCAGCUCUUCGGUCGCCUCGCCAGCUUCUUCACAACCUUCGUUAACCCAAUCGGUCUCGACAGCGUUGGCUGGAAAUAUCUUAUCUCGUACUGCUGCUGGCUCGCAUACGAGGUACUCUUCGUCUAUUUCAUGUUCCCCGAGACUCACGGCCGCACCCUGGAAGAACUUGCCUUCAUUUUCGAGGACAAGCGUCUGGCGGACGAGGCCGUGGCCGCCGCAGAGAAAGCCGUCCAACACGAGACUUUCGAGGAUGCCGGAUUCAACGAAAAGCGUGGGACUGUUGAGACUAAGGAGAACACGGCCUGA